AUCUCGUUUUGUCCGCCAUCCUUGCUGCUCUCUGUAGAAGGGCAAGAAGAGACCGAAACACGGUGGCCGGUGUUGCCAACAACUUGCCAUUUAUUCGUCUACUAUGCUGUCCAGGCUCGUCAUCGUUUCAGCUAAUGCGCUGAAAGGCAGCGGCCACUUUGGAGCUGGCUUGGUCCAAGCAUCUCGCUCUGUGCACACGUCAUCCCAGAGUCUGGCCCCCGUACCCCCUUUGCCAGAGAAGGGUGGCAAAGUCCGCCAUGGCCUCAUUCCAGAGGAGCUCUUCCAGCUCUUGUACCCCAAAACUGGAGUGACGGGACCCUACAUGCUGGGCACGGGCCUCCUCGUCUACUUGCUGUCCAAGGAAAUCUACGUUAUCAACCACGAGACCAUUGCCGCCGCCUGCAUCGGCACCGUCAUCAUCUACAGCGUGAAGAAAUUCGGGCCGAGCGUCGCCGCUUUUGCAGAUAAACUAAAUGAGGACAAACUGGCUAAAGCUCAGGAAGUGAAGGACUUGUCUAUGUCCAGCCUGACUCAGGCCAUCGAGGACGAGAAGAAGGAACAGUGGCGAGUUGAGGGACGAUCAAUGCUCUUUGACGCAAAAAGGAACAAUGUAGCCAUGCUGUUGGAGACCAAUUACAGAGAGCGGCUACACAUGGUGACCAAUGAGGUAAAGAGGCGCCUGGACUAUCAGGUAGCCCUGCAGGACCUACAGCGCCGCAUGGCUCAGGAACACAUGGUCAACUGGGUGGAAAAGAACGUCGUGAGCAGCAUCACCCCUCAGCAGGAGAAGGAGAGUAUCGCCAAGUGCAUCACAGAUUUGAAGGCUCUGGCCAAAGCCACUCAGGCCAAAGCUACAGCCUAAACAGUCAAGCGCCACUUGAACGUUCACAUCGUUUGUCCAAUCACGAGACGGGCAUGUUUUUCUCUUACAGAGUAAACUAUUUGCCCCUUGUCGUCCCUCUCUCAUGGGUGUGUACAGUAUUUCCACAUCGGCUGAUAGUCAAAUAAAUGCUUCUUUCCUCAA